AUGCAGUUUGCAGGUUUGUCUUGUGUUUUUCUGCUUAUCAUUUUUCAAACUGACUUGGGACAAAACGAAGAAAGUCCCAGGAAGCAAAGGCGGAAGAUGGACUACAAAAGACUGAAGAAAAGUUCUUCGCCUAACCACAGGUCCAGCGGACAGCCCAGAAUUCAGCAAACAAUGGUGGUGACGCCAGUGGCGGCUCUUCCCCUGGUUAACUUGGAUUCUAGCACUGAGGAGAAGUUUGAAUCCUUUUUAAGUUUUCAUGGAGUAGAAUCAAGCUACAAUGUGCUACCAGGGCGGAAGGGCCGCUGUGCGGUGAACGGGAUGACCAUGUACCACGGGGCCGCGUGGUCGCCGGAGCCCUGCACCACCUGCCUGUGCGCCCACGGAAGAGUGCUCUGCGACAGGACCAGGUGCCCGCCCCUGCGGUGCCUGCGCGUGGCCACCCCCGAGGGCGAAUGCUGCCCGGUCUGCUCAGAACCCGAACCAAGAGAACCUCCUGAUUCACUUCAUCGGCAACAGCCACCUCCUUGGGCGGAACUGGACCAAGCACUGAAAAAAGAGAAAUUUCCGUCUGAGGAGGCUGAAGGAAUGAAAGAAAAUGAAGACAGGGACCAAAGGAAAACAAGCCUGGAGCCUGGGGACCGAGGAAGACUUGCUGUCCAGGAGCAGCGCAACAGGGCCGAACAGAGGCCUGGAGAGGAGGGCAGGCAGGCCCGUCCCCACGGAAACACAGCCGAGGAGGAGAAGGAGGAGGAGGAGGAGGAGGAGGAGGAGGAGGAGGAGGAGGAGGAGGAGGAGGAGGGGACCAGAGGUGUGUUACAGGUGCUGCCCCGACUCCCAGCCGGUGCUCCUCCCAGAAGCAGGCCAGCUCUGCCCAGCGGGUGCUCUCUGUCCUUCAGGACCAUCAGCUGCAACGGUGCAGGCCUCACCCAGAUCCCACCCCUGGCAGCGCCCGAGGUGACAAGCCUGGAGCUGGCUGGCAAUGCCAUCGCCUCCAUCCCGGAGGAAGCGUUUUACGGACUGCCGCAUGUGGAAAGGCUUGAUUUGAGCAACAAUAACAUCACCUCCUCAGGCAUAAGUCCAAAAGCAUUCAAGCCGUUGAAGAGGUUGGUGCACCUGAACUUGGACGGAAACAGCCUGGCAGAGCUUCCUUCGGAGCUGCCGCCGACCCUGGAGGAACUCAAAGUCAGCGAGAACGGGCUCCGCGCUGUCGACGGGGAGCGCUUGUCAGGCUUAAGUCAAUUGGUCACCUUAGAACUGGAAGGAAACAAUCUCAGUGAAACCAAUGUUAAUCCUUCAGCUUUCAGACAUUUGAAGAGCCUGUCCUACCUGCGCCUGGGACGGAACAGAUUUAGAAUUAUACCACAGGGUCUUCCUGCUUCUAUCGAGGAAUUAUACUUAGAAAAUAAUCAAAUUGAAGAGAUAACUGAAAUCUGUUUCAAUCAUACCAGAAAUAUCAAUGUCAUUAUUCUAUGUCACAAUAAAAUUGAAGAAAAUAGGAUCGCUCCUUUAGCCUGGAUAAACCAAGAAAAUCUCGAAUCCAUCGACCUUUCCUACAACAGGCUCUACCACGUCCCCUCCUACCUCCCCAAGUCGCUGCUGCACCUCGUGCUCCUGGGGAACAGGAUUGAGCGCAUUCCUGGCUACGUGUUUGGCCACAUGGAGCCAGGCCUAGAGUACCUGUACCUGUCAUUUAACAACCUCUCUGAUGACGGCGUGGACCGAGUCUCCUUCUAUGGGGCUUACCAUUCUCUGAGAGAGUUAUUUCUGGAUCACAAUAACUUCAAGUCGAUACCACCAGGGGUACAAGAAAUGAAAGCACUACAUUUUCUGAGGCUGAACAACAACAAGAUACGGCAUGUUCUCCCAGAACAAAUCUGCAAUGCCAAAGAAGAUGACGAUUCAACACUGGAACAUCUUCAUCUUGAAAACAAUUAUAUUAAAACAAGAGAAAUAUCACCCUACGCAUUUUCAUGCAUAAGAUCAUAUUCAAGUAUUGUUCUUAAGCCACAGAAUAUAAAGUAA